AGUUAUCAACUAAUUUACCAUUUAUGUGUAUGUUUUACAUUUUAAACAAUAACUGUAAUUAAAAAUAAAGUCAAUAUGAAAAUGACUGAAUAUAUCAUAAAUCCUGAGUUUACUAUAGAAAACAAACUUAACUAUCAAUCAGUUAUUGAAUUACUUUGCGAUCGACUAAACACAGACUCACAUCACAAUUGUUUUAUUGACUGCACAUUAGACCGAAAGUGGAGCAAAAACCAAGUGUUGGACUCGAGUCUCAAUUUUGCCUAUUAUUUGAUAAAUGACUGCAAAAUAUCAAAAGGAGAUGUCAUUUGUUUCAUCACAAACUCGUCGGACAUUCAGGCAAUCGGUUUCAUCGGCUCAUUGGCCGCAGGAAUGGUAUUCUGCUGUCUGGCGGAGCACUCAUCGCAAGAUGAAAUCAAAUCAAACAUCGACAAACUUAAGCCAUCAGUUGUGAAACUCCUAAUAAGUGACAAACAAUCAAAACCGGACGCCAAUGGAAAUACACUUCAAUCACUUGAGGAGAUAUUUUGUGAACCAAGAGAUGAUAGCAUAGUAUUACCGGUGAAGUCGGGUUUGGAUGAGACGGCAACCUAUGUCUUAAGCAGUGGUUCCACGGGUCAGCCCAAGGCUAUCAUCAAAACUAACAGAAACCUAUUGACAACGGUUGAGGCCCUUCAACACCCGGAGAUGACUGAGUUGACACCAAAUGAGAUUCAGUUAUCCAGUAACUUUAGUCACGUGUCGGGGCAGAGGUACCUCAUAUCUGCCAUCAAUGGUGGCGCACAGUUGGCCAUUGUUAGAGUGGAUGAGAACCUGGAUGAUGUUUACGGGAAUAUACAUAAAUACAACAUUACCAGUGCUUUCCUAAUCCCGACUCAACUCAAUUAUUUAGUCAAAAAUGUUGAGACUAUUGACAGGGAUUACCUCAAGAGCCUAAGGGAUGUGGUUACAGGUGCAGCACCUGUACCCGAGACCACUUUCCGGUGUGUUGUUGAUAAGUUUAAGUUUAAAAAGUUUAGGAUUUGUUACGGUAUGUCAGAGGUAGGGUGGACCACACAAACUCCUGUCACGCAAUUUAUAGACGAUUACACAUGUGUUGGAAAAAUGUGUCCGAACACACAAAUCAAAGUAAUCGAUGAUCAGGGACAUUCAUUGCCAGCUAACACUAAUGGGUCGAUUGUAAUGCCGGCGGAGAUCGAGAAUAUUCUGUUGACACACAACGAUGUCGUCAAUGCGGCCGUCUUUGGGGUGAAGGACGAGGAAAGGGGUGAAGUGCCCAUGGCUUUCAUCACACGUGCAAAUGGGGCUACAGUUACCCCACAAGAACUCAUAGAUUAUGUGGACUCGAGGGUCAACUACUAUAAGAAGCUAAGGGGAGGGAUCCGAAUUGACUGCACAUUAGAGCGAAAGUGGAGCAAAAAGCAAGUGUUGGACUCGAGUCUCAAUUUUGCCUAUUAUUUGAUAAAUGACUGCAAAAUAUCAAAAGGAAAUGUCAUUUGUUUCAUCACAAACUCGUCGGACAUUCAGGCAAUCGGUUUCAUCGGCUCAUUGGCCGCAGGGAUGGUCUUCUGCUGUCUCGCGGAGCACUCAUCACAAGAUGAAAUCAAAUCAAACAUCGAAAAACUUAAGCCAUCAGUCGUGUCAAAACCGGUCGCCGAUGGAAAUACACUUCAAUCACUUGAGGAGAUAUUUAGUGAACCACGAGAUGAUAGCACAGUAUUACCGGUGAAGACGGGUUUGGAUGAGACGGCAACCUAUGUCUUGAGCAGUGGUUCCACGGGUCAGCCCAAGGCUAUCAUCAAAACUAACAGAAACCUAUUAUCAACGGUUGAGGCGACUCAGCACCGGGAGAUAGCGGAGUUAACACCAAAUGAUAUAAUGUUAUCCAGCAAUAUAUGUCACAUAUCGGGUCAGAGAUGUUUGGUGUCGACUAUUACUGGUGGCGCGCAGUUAGCCAUCAUAAGAGUGGAUGAAAACCUGGACGAUGUCUAUAGAAAUAUACACAAACACCGCAUAACCAGUGCUUUCCUAAUCCCAACACAACUUAACUAUUUGGCCAAAAAUCAUGAGACUAUUGAUAGGGAUUACCUGAAGAGUCUAAGAGAUGUGAUGACCGGCGCCGCACCCUUAUCUGAGUCGACCUAUCGAUGUAUUGUCGAUAAGUAUAAGUUUGAAAAGUUUAGAAAUGGCUACGGUAUGUCUGAAGUUGGGUUUGCAAUACGAACUCCCAUUUCGCAGCCGGUAGAUAGCCAUACAAUUGUUGGCAAAGUGUGUCCCAACACACAAAUCAAAGUAAUCGAUGAUCAGGGACAAUCACUGCCAGCUAACACUAAUGGGUCGAUUGUAAUGCCGGCGGAGAUCGAGAAUAUUCUGUUGACACACAACGAUGUCGUCAAUGCGGCCGUCUUUGGGGUGAAGGACGAGGAAAGGGGUGAAGUGCCCAUGGCUUUCGUUACACUAGUUAAAGGGGUUACUGUUUCACCACAAGAACUCAUAGAUUAUGUGGACUCGAGGGUCAACUACUAUAAGAAGCUGAGGGGAGGGAUCCGAGUGUUGGAUGCCUUUCCAUUGACUUCAUUGAAAAAGAUUAACCGGGGUGUGCUUAAGAAAAUGCUCAAGCGAAAGUGGAGCAAAAAGCAAGUGUUGGACUCGAGUCUCAAUUUUGCCUAUUAUUUGAUAAAUGACUGCAAAAUAUCAAAAGGAGAUGUGAUUUGUUUCAUCACAAACUCGUCGGACAUUCAGGCAAUCGGUUUCAUCGGCUCAUUGGCCGCAGGGAUGGUCUUCUGCUGUCUGGCGGAGCACUCAUCACAAGAUGAAAUCAAAUCAAACAUUGAAAUAUUUAAGCCAUCAGUCGUAGUGUGCUUUGAAAAGAACCAAGUUCAACUGCAAAAUAUUUGCCAUGGUUUAGCAUUUAUCAAGAAACUCCUAAUAAGUGACAAACAGUCAAAACCUGACGCCAACGGAAAUACACUUCAAUCUCUUGAGGAGAUAUUUUGUGAACCAAGAGAUAAUAGCUUUGUAUUACCGGUGAAGACAGGUUUGGAUGAGACGGCAACCUAUGUCUUGAGCAGUGGUUCCACGGGUCAGCCCAAGGCUAUCAUCAAAACUAACAGAAACCUAUUAUCAACGGUUGAGGCGACUCAGCACCGGGAGAUAGCGGAGUUAACACCAAAUGAUAUAAUGUUAUCCAGCAAUAUAUGUCACAUAUCGGGGCAGAGAUGUUUGGUGUCGACUAUUACUGGUGGCGCGCAGUUAGCUAUCAUAAGAGUGGAUGAAAACCUGGACGAUGUCUAUAGAAAUAUACACAAACACAACAUAACGAGUGCUUUCCUAAUCCCAACACAACUUAACUAUUUGGCCAAAAAUCAUGAGACCAUUGAUAGGGAUUACCUGAAGAGUCUACGAGAUGUGAUGACCGGCGCCGCACCCUUAUCUGAGUCGACCUAUCGAUGUAUUGUCGAUAAGUAUAAGUUUGAAAAGUUUAGGAUUUGUUACGGUAUGUCUGAGGUAGGGUGGGCCACACAAACUCCCAUUUCACAGCCCGUAGAUAGCAAUACAAUUGUUGGUAAAGUGUGUCCCAACACACAAAUCAAAGUAAUCGAUGAUCAGGGACAUUCACUGCCAGCUAACACUAACGGUCAGAUUUGCAUUGGAGGUCCUCAGACAACACCAGGGUAUCUGAAUAACCCCGAAGAAAAUAGUAAGCUUUUUACCAGCGAUGGAUUCCUCAAGAGUGGAGACAUUGGCUGUUAUGACGAAAAUCACUAUUUUUAUACUGUCGGCCGAUCUAAAGAAGUCAUUAAUGUUGAGAGGUCGAUUGUAAUGCCGGCGGAGAUCGAGAAUAUUCUGUUGACACACAACGAUGUCGUCAAUGCGGCCGUCUUUGGGGUAAAGGACGAGGAAAGGGGUGAAGUGCCCAUGGCUUUCAUCACACGUGCAAAUGGGGCUACAGUUACCCCACAAGAACUCAUAGAUUAUGUGGACUCGAGGGUCAACUACUAUAAGAAGCUGAGGGGAGGGAUCAGAGUAUUAGAUGCCUUUCCAUUGACUCCGAUGAAAAAGAUUAACCGGGGGUCGAUUGUAAUGCCGGCGGAGAUCGAGAAUAUUCUGUUGACACACAACGAUGUCGUCAAUGCGGCCGUCUUUGGGGUGAAGGACGAGGAAAGGGGUGAAGUGCCCAUGGCUUUCGUUACACUAGUUAAUGGGGUUACUGUUGAACUACAAGAACUCAUAGAUUAUGUCGACUCGAGGGUCAACUACUAUAAGAAGCUGAGGGGAGGGAUCCGAGUGUUAGAUGCCUUUCCAUUGACUUCAUUGAAAAAGAUUAACCGGGGUGUGCUUAAGAACAUGCUCAAGCGAAAGUGGAGCAAAAAGCAAGUGUUGGACUCGAGUCUCAAUUUUGCCUAUUAUUUGAUAAAUGACUGCAAAAUAUCCAAAGGAAAUGUCAUUUGUUUCAUCACAAACUCGUCGGACAUUCAGGCAAUCGGUUUCAUCGGCUCAUUGGCCGCAGGGAUGGUCUUCUGCUGUCUCGCGGAGCACUCAUCACAAGGAAAUGUCAUUUGUUUCAUCACAAACUCGUCGGACAUUCAGGCAAUCGGUUUCAUCGGCUCAUUGGCCGCAGGGAUGGUCUUCUGCUGUCUCGCGGAGCACUCAUCACAAGAUGAAAUCAAAUCAAACAUCGAAAAACUGAAGCCAUCAGUCGUGUCAAAACCGGUCGCCGAUGGAAAUACACUUCAAUCACUUGAGGAGAUAUUUUGUGAACCACGAGAUGAUAGCAUAGUAUUACCGGUGAAGACGGGUUUGGAUGAGACGGCAACCUAUGUCCUGAGCAGUGGUUCCACGGGUCAGCCCAAGGCUAUCAUCAAAACUAACAGAAACCUAUUAUCAACGGUUGAGGCGACUCAGCACCGGGAGAUAGCAGAGUUAACACCAAAUGAUAUAAUGUUAUCCAGCAAUAUAUGUCACAUAUCGGGACAGAGAUGUUUGGUGGCGACUAUUACUGGUGGCGCGCAGUUAGCAAUCAUAAGAGUGGAUGAAAACCUGGACGAUAGAUGUUUGGUGGCGACUAUUACUGGUGGCGCGCAGUUAGCAAUCAUAAGAGUGGAUGAAAACCUGGACGAUGUCUAUAGAAAUAUACACAAACACAACAUAACCAGUGCUUUCCUAAUCCCAACACAACUUAACUAUUUGGCCAAAAAUCAUGAGACUAUUGAUAGGGAUUACCUCAAGAGUCUAAGAGAUGUGAUGACCGGCGCCGCACCCUUAUCUGAGUCGACCUAUCGAUGUAUUGUCGAUAAGUAUAAGUUUGAAAAGUUUAGAAAU